UGGCCACACCCUUACACGCACGCACACACACACACACACACACACAUAAACACACACACACACACACACCCUCACUUGACUUUGCUCUUGGAGUUUACACUUCUGUUGGACACCGAUAUCGAGGUGAAACAAGCAAUCUGUCGACAGUGGUGACCUUUGUGCUCCUGCAGCAUGUUCUCUGGGCACGUGGCGGCGUAUAAGAACCAGCACUACCAGGAGCUGCGUCGGAUGAGCCAGGACCGGGGACAGCUGUUUGAGGACCCGGAGUUCCCCUGCAACAACUCGUCUCUCUUCUACAGCAAGCCUCUGCCUGGCAGAGUGGAAUGGAAGAGGCCAAAGGAGCUUUGUCCAGACCCGCGUCUCUUUGUGGAGGGACUGAGUGCUCAUGACCUUAACCAAGGGGAGGUCGGCAACUGCUGGUUUGUGGCAGCCUGCUCCUGUCUGGCCAUAAAACCUGAACUCUGGCAAAAGGUUAUUCCCAACUGGGGGGACCAGGAAUGGGAUCCAAAGCAUCCAGAAAAGUAUGCAGGAAUUUUUAGGUUCCGAUUCUGGAUCUUCGGUGAGUGGACCGAUGUUGUUGUAGAUGACCGUUUGCCAACCAUUAACGGACAGCUCAUCUACUGUCGAUCUAAGCUUGGAAAUGAAUUCUGGAGCGCAUUACUUGAGAAGGCGUACGCAAAGCUUUCCGGCUGCUAUGAAUCCCUCAGCGGCGGGAACACAGGGGACGCUGUGGUGGACUUCAGUGGAGCCGUAGCAGAAAGCAUCGAUCUGGAGAAAGUGCCGCUUAGCGACAAGCCGGAGGAGAGAGAGAAGCUGUUUGCUCAUUUGCUGAAGGUCAACGAUAGGGGAGGGGUCAUCAGUUGUUCCAUAAAGGCGGACCCUCAUGAGAUCGAGGCUCGUAUGGCGUGCGGUCUGGUAAAAGGCCAUGCCUACUCGGUCACCAUGGUGAAGCGCGUGCGUGUGGGCCACGGCCUGAUAGCGUACUUUAAGAACGAGACGCUACCGCUGCUGCGCAUGAGGAACCCCUGGGGGCAGCACGAGUGGAAGGGAGCCUGGAGCGACAGUUCGGAGGAGUGGACGAAGAUCGGCGACACGGAACGCGGGAACCUGGGACUCACGGUGGAGGACGACGGCGAAUUCUGGAUGUCAUUGGAGGACUUCUGCCGCUACUUUACAGACAUUGAUGUGUGUCGUGUGAUCAACACCUCGCUCAUCUCCAUAGACAAGACCUGGCAUGAAGCAGUGCAUCAUGGGAGCUGGACCCGCCACGUAGAACCUCUAAGGAACCGCUGUGGAGGAUGCAUGAACCACAAAGAUACUUUCUUACAGAACCCACAGUAUAUAUUUGAGGUCACUAAAGAGGAGGACGAGAUCCUGAUCUCCCUUCAGCAGAGAGACAUGAAGAUCCACAGACCCAGAGGCCAAGGAGAAAAUCUCACCAUUGGAUUUGCCCUCUUUAAGGUGGAGCGAAACAGAAAGUACCGCUUGCAUGACCUCAUCACCCAGCAGAACGUUAAGACGUCAACCUACAUCAAUGCUCGCUCCAUUUUCAUGCGGAUCACCUUACCUAGGGGGCGCUAUGUAGUCAUCCCCUCCACCUUCCAGCCAGGGCAUCUGGGAGAAUUCAUGCUGAGACUCUAUGCGGAUGUGGACUCUGAAUGCAGGGAGCUGACUGAAGACAAGCCACGUGUGCGCUGCUGUAGCUCCAUUGUGGGCUACCCUCAGAUGGUCUCCCAGAUCUACGUCCACGGUGCGGAGGGGCUAGAGAACCAGGACAGCACCGGAGGUGCUGACCCAUAUGUCAUCAUAUCCUGUGAACGGUCCUCGGUCCGUUCGAACAUCCAGAAGGACACUCUAAAACCGGUGUUUGAUACCAGAGCCAUCUUCUACAGACGGAACCCACGCAAACCCAUUACUGUAGAGGUAUGGAACAGCAACGCUGUCAAGGAUGAAUUCAUGGGUCAGGUGGUCCUCGCUGCCGACCUUAACGACCCAUCAGGCCCUCAGAAGCUGCAGCUGCGGAAGCGAGGUAGCCAGGCAGCUGACGAGAUGCCCGGCACCAUCAUCCUGAGGGUGGCCUCCGCCCGUGAACUCAUCGCCAUGUGAACACUAACUCCUCAUUGGCUGACUGGCCGUCCGGACGACGGCUCAUUGGUUGAUUGACAGCUUGCAAAGUCGCCAUCACAGCUGCUCAGUUUUUCCAUGACUGAGUGACUUUCUGCUUCCUGGGGUCGUCGGAAUGUUGGCCCUGUCAUGCUGCUAACCAGCUAACUGAUUUAGCUACCUGUAUCAUAACUCUGUUUGAAUACUUACUAAGUGCAAGGCUUGUGUGUGUCUGCUCCAGAAUUAUUUAAAGAUAAUAUCACCAUUUUCAUCAACAUAUUCACAAGACUUCACAAGACAAGGAUCUAAGAUCCCAGAUAUCUCAGACCAAGUUUACAUUUAAUGUUUAUAUUAUUGUGUACUACAAGGAUUCUGUGCCUAACAAUGUUCAGUUUACACUUUUAAAAUGUUGUAUAAGCCAAGUUCAUUUUUCAAUGCUAAAACAUGCAUAAUUAUAUAUAAAUAUACGUAUGUAAUUUGUACAUGAUCAAGUAUGUAUGUGACAAGUGCCAUCUGAAAACAUAAACAGCAAUGAAUGGA